UAUAAAGUGACAGUUGUCAGUUAUAAAAAAAAUCAGUGUUAACAACAAUGGAUGUGGAUGGAUUGGAUUCUGAAAGUACUACAACUUCUAUAGACGAAAAUACAGAAAAUUUUUGUGAAAAUCCAACCCGCGAUACCCUCACCGAGGGUUUGAUGGGCCUAAUUAAACCUACCGUAGACCAAUUAGACGAAAGAGUACGAGCCACAAGGAUAUCACAAUUGGAACUGAAGCAGUGUAUAGAAAGUCUGAGUGAAGAAUUAAAAACCAUUGCGGAUUCUCAAAAAAACUCCAUAGAUUUGGAGAUUUACGUCAAGAAACUAAUAAAUGCCAAACAAAGGGUUACCAUAUUAUCAAAUAUCCUGCAAAAUACACAAGACAGGCUAAAUAAAGUUCAUAAGUCAAUAGACAAAGAAAUAGGCGACAAGAAAUAUAUUCUAGGAAUUGAAAAGUCUAUAGUUCAAACUGAAGAUCAUGUCGAUCAUUACACCUAAGUAUAAUUUGCAGUCUUUUCCAGAUGUAUAUGAACCAAGCGAAGACACGUUUUUACUGCUGGAUGCUCUUGAAUGUGAUACACAAUUUUUGCUUGAUUUGAAACCCAGACUAGUGGUUGAAAUUGGUUCGGGAAGUGGGGUGGUGAUCUCAGCUCUGUCUCAGAUUUUUCACACAUCUUGUAUGUACUUUGCGACAGAUAUUAACCCACAGUGUUGCUUGGCUACACAAAACACCUGCAUAUUGAAUGACUCAAAUGUAGAAUGUACAAGAAUGGACUUGCUCGUAGGAUUUCGGGAACACAUGUUUGAUGUG